UGAACGCUAAUGUAGGUGCAUCUGUAUCCAAACAGAGGCAAGCCUUUCAUUUAUUAAAAGGGUUGUUUUUUCCCCUCUCCUUUCCCCAUUAGCUCUCUUGUCCGGAUAUAAAACACACUGAUGCGUGCCGCUGCGUCUCUCAGACUGCCACUCAAAGUAACCUGAAAGUCUUGUGUGGAUCCAUAAACUGCGAAGAGACGGCGUUAUGUCAGCAUCCAUGGAAAUACUGACUAACUAACAGAGGGACUGAGACUUUUCCAGCAUUGCUAGUGAAAAAAAAGUCUGUAGUGAAGACGAGAUCUUCAAGGGCUCAGAUUAUACCACACAGACAUGUGGUACCAGCCUUCUCAGUUCUAUUUGCCACUCUUAAACAACCAUAAAUCCUCACAUGUGUAAAGACUGACUCAGCAACUGUGUUGUGACUCCAAACAGGGUGCAGGGCUGUCAACAUCUUCUUGUUGUUUUGUGAAAAUAUACCUCAGCGACAUGACAUGACACGGCAUGUUGCUGAAAAGGGGUUCCCAGUCCUGUGUGGGAUGUUAACAGACUGGUGUCACGUUAAGGCUGAAGGAGCAUGGUGAAACACCAACCCUUACAGGUCUAUGAGAAGCAAGUCUUUGUCUCCUUUGUCACUGGGAUCUAUGGUUGCCGCUGGAAGCGAUACCAGCGUUCCCAGGAUGAAAGCUCCAGGUGGGAGUGUACGUGGUUCGUCAUCCUGUGCAGUUCCUUUCUUCUGCUUCUCUUUUGGGCCUACUUCUGGUUGAUGGCUCGAAAUGAUUUUAAUGACUUCAAUUGGCUGGUGUACAACCGUUCUGGAGAAUGGAGAGAUGAGACAAUGCCCAUCCUCGCUUCCACCACUGUGGGAUUCAGCUACGUCACAUUCUUAUUGAUCUUAGCACUUUUCCAUAUAUCUUUGGGCCAGCAGCUGAAUCUCUAUUGGGUUCACAAGAUUGGGGUGCUGGCUACACUGCUCACCACUAUCUCUGGUUUCAUUUUUGUUGAUGACUUAUGGGGAGACGAGUGGGACAUUCUGCUUGCGUCACUGCAGUACACAGCCCCUUUCCUGCAUCUUGGCGCCCUGGUAACAGUGACAGCUAUCAGCUGGCUGGUAGCUGGAUAUGUUGUCCGCAGAGAGAGAUCCAAUAUCCAGGUGAUGGUGUUGUUUAUCUACAUUGUAGUCCUCCUUGCUCUCUUUUUGGCACCGCUCACAUUCACCUGCCCCUGCAUCAUGGACCGUCAUAGCCUCAAACCGCGACCAAGCGUCAUUGGCCGAAGAGGAGCUCCUAUGCUGGCUCCAGAGAACACCGUGGUGUCCUUUAACAGAGCCCUGCAGCAUGGUGCCAGCUCCUUGGAGGCUGAUGUCACCAUAAGUGUCGAUGGGGUUCCCUUCCUCAUGCGAGACCACACUCUGAGGCGGACCACAGAUGUCACUAAGGUGUUUCCAGCCAGACAGUAUGAAGAUGCCUCCUUUUUCAACUGGACAGAGAUACGCUCUCUCAAUGCAGGCCAGUGGUUUUUGGAGAGUGACCCCUACUGGACAGUAGCAUCACUGACAGCGAAGGAGCGGAGCAGAAUAGGCAACCAGACGGUUUGCAGUCUGGUGGAAAUGCUUCGUCUGGCAGCCAAGGCCAACAGCUCCGCGCUGCUCAACAUUCACAAACCUCCACCAGAGCACCCACGCUACCGCAGCUGGUUCAUGGACACGCUGCGGGCUGUGCAGAAAGCGGGGAUUCCCCUGAAGAGGGUGAGGACUGUGACGUGGACCCCCGACACAGACAGGGGGAGGGUGCGAGGGCUUCACCAGACCACAAGUGAGAAGCUGUCAGUGGAAGCGAUAAGGCAGAGAGGAAUUACAAGUCUGACCCUCCACUACAGCAAGGCUAGCCACAAAGAGCUACGGGAGUACCUGGCCAAUAAUGUGAGUGUGACUGUCUACCCGGUGAAUGAGCCCUGGCUCUACUCCAUUCUGUGGUGUAGUGGGGUGCCUUCUGUGUCUUCUGAUGCCCCCCAUGUCCUCCGAAAGGUGCCUUAUCCCAUCUGGCUCAUGAGCCAGAGCGCUUACAACUUCAUCUGGAUGACUUCAAAUCUAGUGUCCCUCGCCAUAGUCAUAGGGGUUUUCUUUUUUCAGAACUAUCAUAUGAUCAGGUGGAGGAUGAGCGGGAUGCAAAACUAUAACCCAGAACACAUCAUGUUGAGCGCUGUAGCGCGAAGGUCCAGUCGUGACGUCAACAUCAUGAAGGAGAAGCUCAUAUUCUCAGAGCUUAACAAUGGGCUCAGCAGUACAGAGGAACUUUCUCUGUAUCCCGAGAAUGGUUACGUCAGAUACUCUCAUGGAGGCCUCAGUCGCUGACCAGAACAGCCACAGCUGCAAACUUGAGUUUGACGUCAGAGAUCUGACAUGUCUUCUUUCAUCAGGGUACUGAUCUGCUGAGCACAUAUUACGUUUAAGUCCUGACAAUUAAAAGUUUUCCAUUUAUGGCCUGUUGCUUACUUUUCUUAAUCUUCCAUCAUAAUUGUCCACUGGGUAGUGAUUUCUCCAUGAUGACAAACUUGGGAGUGUUUUAAUAUCAUGUAUUUGGGGGUUUUCUCAGUUGUUCCAUGUACUAUUACCAGUUUCAGCCAAAUUCUUCUGAUAUGGUUAGCCAUUAACAUUUCUGUUCUAAGAAGAUAUUUUGUUGGCUUAAAUUACCGUAUUUUCCGAACCAUAAGGCGCACCGGAUUAUAAGGCGCAUUAAGCGAAACAAAAACAGUCAGAUAAGUCAAACUUUACUCAUUCUUCUGGCUUCCUCCACUUCCGUACCAUUGAUUCAUUAAUGCUGAAUUCUCUGGCAGCUGCUCUAUUCCCAUGUUGUUGCAGUAUAUUAAUGACUAACCUCGUAUUGUGGAUGGAUUAUCUCAGUUGUUCUCCUGACUGAAGUUUGGUCCGUUUACAGCAUCCUGCCAUGCGAUUGCAUUUGUCUCUAACCAUCGGGAACCCUCACGUUAACUUUUAUCGAGUGGGAAAAAGUUAGCGUUCAUCCUCCAGCUUCACUGUGUUUAUAUUAUGCUAACAUAGCUGUGUUGCUAGCGAUCACAUAGCACAUCAUUAUAUACCAGCUAGCCCAACUUCAGUAACCCCACAAACAUCACUGCUGUUUAGUUUUCUGUCUUCAUUUAUGUUGGAAGUGAUAGCAGAGCUGUACGUUUGAAUUUGUUUCAGAAAUCUCUCAGUCAGAACAUGCUAUAUCAUGUUUAGGUGGAAACUAGCGAGCUAACUGCCUGGAUGUUAAACUUAAUUGUUACACCUGGUAAAGCAGCAACACUGAUCAUUUUAUUAAAGAUGAAAGAAUUUAGACAGUUUGUAACUCUCAGUCAUGCUGCAGUGUUCGUUUGACUUUGGGACCUGAAGCGGAUGGAGUUUAGGACCCAGAUUACUCCGCGAGGCUCCUGACUACGGUAGCUGUAAUGCUCCAACAAUCCAUCAAGCGGUGCGGCUUUGUAGCUUACCAAAGUCAUACUAAAACAUUUUUUGACAGAUUUUUGAGCGCCAUGUAGCACAUAAAAUCAGUUCGAGGGUUAGUAAGCACAACCAGAAUUCAUACAUAAGGUGCACCAAAUCACUGUGGAUUUUUGAGAAAAAUUAAAGGAUUUUAAGUGUGCCUUAUAGUGCAGAAAAUACGGUAUUUAAAAUCUGUUUACAAAAGUUAAAAUAGAACACGAGUUUAUCAUUGGCUGACAUGUGCCUGUGGGGUUAAUUAAUGGGCAAAAGCUCUCAAAACAUUAUGGUACCAGAGUUAGAAAGGAAUUCUUAUUUAUUUGUUUAAUUUAAGCCAGUUAUGUUAAAAUUAAAAAAAAAAAAAAGAAGAAGAAGAAAAGAUUUGAAAAAAAAAUCCCUGAUUAGUCUCAUUUAUACUUAUAAAGCUGUACAGCUGGAUUGUUCCACAACACUUACCUUACUCUGGUUUUAUAAGAGGACACAGACUGGAGAGUGGUCUCUAUGAUGUACAUGCAGCUUACUUUACAUGUUUCUAUUGUAAUUCCCCCUCUGAGAGGACUUUCACUUAUUUGAAAUUGUAUAUUUUAUCCUUGCACUGAUGAAGUGUGACAGACUGAAUAAGGCACAUGUGGAAACCUGUUUUCUUGCUAAUCUAAUCUGCCUCUGCCUCUUCUGUUACGCCAUGAUUGUUUUUUUUCUAGACGAAUCAAGUAUUAUAACUUUCACAUGGCUGCCUUUUUGUUAGAAUAUUUUCAUCUUAGUUUUAUAAUAGGGCAAAAUGUUGAAGUUACAACUACAGAUUUAGCUACAGGUGAGUUGACUGUUCAAUAAAAGUGAGAAAUUCUUGAAAAAUGAUCUGUUUUGUGGAUU